GAGGCGCCUGCGCGAAGUGGGUGGAGGGGGGUGGAGUGAGUGAGGAGGAAGAAGAGGAGGUGCCGUCCCACAAUACCAGGCGGGAGGGCGGGUAGGCGGUUUGUAUCCGGGCUGUGUGGUGCUCGGAGCCUCCGCGGACCUUGCUGCUUCUGUGUCUUUAACGCGAGAGGAAGCUAUGCGGAGGGGUGGAAAAUGGCAGAGCUGCAGAUGUUACUAGAGGAGGAGAUCCCGUCCGGCAAGAGGGCGCUGAUAGAGAGUUACCAGAACCUGACCCGGGUGGCGGACUACUGUGAAAACAACUACAUACAGGCUACAGACAAGAGAAAAGCUUUAGAAGAGACCAAAGCCUACACAACCCAGUCCCUAGCUAGUGUUGCUUAUCAAAUAAAUGCAUUGGCCAACAAUGUACUCCAAUUGCUGGACAUCCAGGCCUCUCAGCUUCGGAGAAUGGAGUCUUCCAUCAAUCACAUCUCCCAGACGGUGGACAUUCAUAAAGAGAAAGUGGCUCGAAGAGAGAUUGGUAUUUUGACAACAAACAAGAAUACAUCAAGAACUCACAAAAUAAUAGCACCUGCAAAUAUGGAGCGACCUGUAAGGUAUAUUCGGAAACCUAUUGACUAUACAGUUCUGGAUGAUGUGGGCCAUGGUGUCAAGUGGCUAAAAGCCAAGCAUGGGAAUAAUCAGCCUGCAAGAACUGGCACACUGUCAAGAACAAAUCCUCCUACUCAGAAACCACCAAGUCCUCCCAUGUCAGGCCGGGGAACAUUGGGACGGAAUACUCCUUACAAAACCCUGGAACCUGUUAAACCCCCAACAGUUCCUAAUGACUACAUGACAAGUCCUGCUAGACUUGGAAGUCAGCAUAGCCCAGGCAGGACAGCUUCUUUAAAUCAGAGACCAAGGACACACAGUGGAAGUAGUGGGGGAAGUGGAAGUCGAGAAAAUAGUGGAAGCAGCAGUAUUGGCAUUCCCAUUGCCGUGCCUACACCUUCACCACCCACUAUUGGACCAGCGGCCCCGGGCUCAGCUCCUGGUUCCCAGUAUGGCACAAUGACCAGGCAGAUUUCUCGGCACAACUCUACCACUUCCUCGACAUCUUCUGGUGGAUACAGACGAACUCCCUCUGUGACUGCUCAAUUUUCUGCUCAGCCUCAUGUUAAUGGAGGUCCACUUUAUUCUCAGAAUUCAAUUUCUAUUGCUCCACCUCCUCCCCCUAUGCCUCAGUUGACUCCACAGAUACCUCUCACAGGCUUCGUGGCCAGGGUGCAGGAAAACAUUGCUGAUAGUCCAACUCCACCACCACCACCUCCACCAGAUGACAUUCCCAUGUUUGAUGACUCUCCACCUCCACCACCACCACCUCCUGUGGAUUAUGAAGAUGAGGAGGCUGCAGUAGUUCAGUAUAAUGAUCCAUAUGCAGAUGGGGAUCCUGCUUGGGCCCCCAAGAAUUAUAUUGAGAAAGUUGUGGCAAUAUAUGAUUAUACAAAAGAUAAGGAUGAUGAGCUAUCAUUCAUGGAGGGUGCAAUCAUUUAUGUAAUAAAGAAGAAUGAUGAUGGCUGGUAUGAAGGAGUCUGCAAUCGAGUGACUGGUCUGUUCCCUGGGAACUAUGUUGAAUCAAUCAUGCACUAUACUGAUUAAUUUUUUUGCUUUUAAAGUAGAUACUUAUUAUUACUCAGUCAUAAUGUGGGACUAUUAAUGGUUAACAAGAUUGUUUUAAAAUGUGCCCAUAUUUUCAGAACAUGCUGUUUUAUUGGUAUAAUUGAAUGUCUACCUGUAAGCAUAAAUCUUUUGAGGCAAUUUGUGUAUUGCUAAACAGCAAUUUAUACAAGAUGCUGUCCACAACUGAUUAUGCUUAUAUAUUUACUUACACAAUGUUAACUUUAUGACCAGCUUAAAUAUUCUGGGGAUGUGGGGUAUAAUAUUUAACAAUUCGUGAUUCAGAUUGUACCAUUACAUGUUUCAGUGCAGCAUGGUUACUAAUGCUAUGUCAGACUAAUAUUAAAAUCAGAAACUUAAAUGCUGGUGCUGGUCAUAUAUUUUGUUUAGACUCCUCAUUCUUGAAAUAUAACUAUAUUUGUUCAAAGCAUGCAUACAAAUUUAUGUAUUGAAAUAUACUUUAAAAAUCCAAGAUGCUUCCGAUUUGUGUAAUAUUUUCUUGGAGUACUCGUACUUAGAUAUCUUGAAAUGAAUCGAGUCCCUAAGGUUUCCAUGUGAAACAAAACAAACAAAAAAAAGGGUUACCUGUAAUGUCAUUUGUACCUGAGUUUUUUAAUGAGUGAAUUUGCAUUAUAAAUUUUUUCCAUUCAUAAAUACAUAAGUGAACCAAAGGUUUUUGUCCUUUCUUUCAUUGAUUUACUUUUAAGAAAAAUAAAUAAAAGAUACUGAUUUAUUGCAGAAUUAUGGUUCUAUUUUCUCAAUAUAUAAACUUGGAAAAAAAAUUUUAGCCUUAACCUGUCCCAACAUCAAAUGUGACUGAUUUUUGCAGAUUUAAAAUCUGAGGUGGUUAUUUACAAGUAAAUCUACUUUUAAUUGCUUUUCUAAAGUAACUUUUCAGAACUAAGAAAAUGUAUAAAAGUAUACACAUUCUGUAGGUAAAUUCUUAAGGAUUGCUCUUAUCAGUCAGUUCUUCAGUUUUCCAGUGGGCUGCUGUUCAGUGAAGGGAGAUUAUAAGUAUCUUUUACAUACUGUUUUGCAGAAGUGGAUGCAAUUGAUUUUUGAAUAGGCACUAUUUAAUCUAUUCCUGGCACUAGCAACAUAAAAUUUUUUUAAAUAAUUGGGGAAAAGGUGGGUCAUAUAUUAACCAGUGAACAGUGAUAUACAUGACCAACAGAUUUGUAUUGUCUUAAUUGGAAUGAAACACAUGCACUUUCUGUGUCUCUUAAUUUCAGGGAGGUUUAGAGGGAUAUUUUCUUUUGUGUAUAAAUCUGUAUUGCUUAGGAUAUUAACGUAGAGCACUCAAGUGUGGGUUUCUGUGUAUUGAGCAAUUGUUUGGAUUUCAAAUUACAGUUAUGUACUGGGUGUUACAGACCUAUAAGAGUAUAGUAAAUGGUAAGAUUAGUGCAAAACAUUUGUUUCUGAGAAUUAAAGACCAUUGCUAUCAAAUCAGUGUGACUGCUGCAUAUGCAUUUUGCCUUGUUAAUUUUAAACAUGAUUUCAUAUCCUUAGUGAUCAGCUAAGCUACUGUUUUCAUUUCAUUUUUUUCAGUUUUGUAUAUAACUCAUCUAAAUUUUAUGUACAGUCUUUUAUAAUAAACCAUUCUCCAAUA